ACAUUUGACCAUUCUUCAGCCAAGGUUUUUUCUUGGUUGAAAUCUGUGUUAGUUAAAAGACCUUUUUGACCUCAAAAUGUAACUGUGGAUUCUCCAUCUCGUAUACAGGACAUAAAAAGCCUUCUCAUUCGUCAGUCCUACUUCCCCACAGCAUAAGAUUCCCUCUGACCUCUCUCUCUCUCUAUUUGUUAUCAAUUGUAAAUGACUAGUUCCCGCCAAAAAUUACCACCCCCCACCCCCCCCCUUUUAGUACUCCUUCAUAUUUACAGCCUUCCCUUCAAGAUUCAACUACUUCAUAGUAGAGAUUCAGAAAGUGAGAAAGCUUGAGAGAGAGAGAGAUGCAGGGAACUUCCAAGGUGAUACUGGGAGCUACACUGAUAAUGGUGGUUAGCCUUGCCAUUGUGUUGGGCCUCAUUCUUGUGUUGCUUGCUGAGCUCUACUGCUCUCUGUUACUCCGUCGUCGUAGGCUUCGAGUUGCACCGCCCACCACUACCUCCAACACCUCUGCUGACCCCGUUGUAGCCGCCACGGACAUUUCCCGGUCUCUUCCUUCAGCUCCUCGCAGGGAUAACAAUCGAUCGGCCAUUUCUCUUAGCAGCUUGUAUGCUCAUGGGGUUCUUAGUGCUCCCAGAAACUUUCUUUUCCCCACCGUCCCCUGUGUUAAAGACAACAAUGUAACUGAUGUAGCUGAACCUGAAGCAAAGAGCCAAAGCUCUCAACUUCAUCGGGUUAUUGACAUUGACACCCAUGAAUCAUCCCUUAGUCCUCAUCGAAUCGGUCGCAUUUCCACUCCAUCCCACCCUCCAUCGCCCAUUAUCUCAGCCUCGGCUGAUCUGUACAUUUCGAAAGCUUGUGCUCUGAGUAAAUUAAACCCUUCCAUUGCCUGUAAUGACAGUUCUUCCAAUGGCAGUGACCAUUUUAUGUACAUAUCAAACCCUAUUUAUGACAAUGAUGCAAUCAGGCCAAGCAGAGGAGACACCCCAUUUGAAACACCAAAUUCCUCUCCCUCAGGAUUGGAAAGAUGUAGUAGUUCUUCUGAGGAAGAUGAGAUUGUAGCAUCUCCUUCAAGUACUAUCCAUUCACUCCCUACUACGCCUCCUUUAACCCCAAUGAAGAAGCUCCCAGCUGAGGCUUGUUCCGUCACAUUGAGAGAUGCCAGGUCCUUGGGGAAUUCUGGGAGUGAUUCUAACACCAACAAUGGUCUGUCAUCUUCUUCCUCUGGUUCUCCCUGUACCUCACCUUCAUGGUGAAUGCAAUUCAAUGACAAGUUUAGAUUUAGUGUCAUGUCAGAGCUAUCUUUACAGCUUUGUUGUUAACUUUCUAUGGUGGGUAUGUAUUGAAUGUGGUGAUGAAGAAGAAAGUAGUAAGUUUCUCAAAGCAUUGGCCUGAGCAUUGCAGACAUCUAAGCCACGCCUCUGUACUAACCCAUAAAGUUAUCUAGAUUUUGCAAAUUUUGUUCUUUUUCCACUUGUUUGUAUUGUUAAUGGAAAGUAGUUGAAUUUCUAGCCGACUAAGAAAUCAUAAAUAAAUCACAAGCAAUCCCAUUUCAUA